AUGCUUGUCGAGCGAUUCCGCAAAUUGCUGUCGAGCCUCUAUGCCACCACACGUACCUGGCUCCAACUAUCUGAAGUCAGCCGCGAUGAAAUCAAAGUUCAACAAGGAAGCUACACCUUCCCAGCAGAGUCAGAGCCCCAUGAAGCGACAAUCAUGGGGCUACCAUCUCGAUGUUCCCUGCCGCCUGAUCAGUUUGAUGCUAUGUGUAAUGAAUUAGCUCAACUAGCGGCGGCGAUCACCGAGUUCGAACCAGUUCGGCUGUAUGCGAGGCCUGAAGAAAUCCAAUUGGCUGAGUCCUUAGUCAAGACUUUUGUGAAAGACGCAUCAAAAAUAUCCAUUAUUCCGUGUCCAAUCAACCACUGCUGGGUACGCGAUACAGGUCCAGUCUACGUGCGCGAUAGGACAGGAGCAUUCCCAAAUCGACGCUUCGCAAUCAAUUUCCGGUUCAAUGAAUGGGGUGGGAAGAAACCCGAAGACGACGGAGCCUGCUGGGGUCAGCAUUGGCCCUUGAUGGACGAGAAGGCACUUCAGGAAAACACGGAUUUUGCGCGGUGGGUAAUCGAGCACGACCGCGAGCCCAGCCCCGUUACGCAGAUCGAGACUUCGAUUCGCGCCGAAGGUGGCGGUCUUGUUACAGACGGCGAAGGAACCCUGCUCAUCACGGAGAGUAGCAUUGUAUGUGAUGGGCGCAACCCAGGGAUGUCCAAGGGCGAGAUCGAGGCAGAGUUGAAGCGGGUGCUGGGUAUUGAAAAAGUGAUAUGGUUUCCUGGGCGGCGCAAUGUCGACAUUACGGACGUGCAUAUGGAUGCUGAGGCAAGAUUCGUGCGCCCUGGUGUCAUCGCUUACUCCAAACCACAUGCCAUUGCGAUUGACCUGUGGAAAGAGAUGUCUGAAGAGAUCCGGGAGAUUCUAGACCGUGAGACAGACGCUAAGGGUCGGCACCUGCAGAUCCACACUAUUGAAGAACCUGAUCCACGAGGCUUGGUGAAAUCCGAUGACGAUGAGCUAGCGGCAAGUUAUGUGAAUUUCUACUUUGUUAAUGGAGGUUUGAUAAUCCCCAAAUUUGGCGACGGAGAAAGGGAUCAAAAGGCUUUGGAAAGGUUCCAGCGGUUGCUCCCUGAGCGGGUGAUUCGGCAGGUGUAUGCCAACGCCAUUCCCCUUACUGGUGGGGUGCUUCACUGCGUCACUCAGCAGGUUCCUGCAAUGCAGUGA